AUGGCCGCCUCUACACGGCCUCCCAGCCCUAUGCAGUCACUUCGGGAAGAAGCAGUGUGUGCCAUCUGUCUGGAUUAUUUUAAGGACCCCGUGUCCAUUGGCUGUGGGCACAACUUCUGCCGAGGUUGCAUGACCCAGCUGUGGGGCAAGGAAGAUGAGCAGGAUCGGGAACAGCCUGCUGUGGAGGACCACGUCAUCCGGGAGGCUUUGCUGCACAGAUACACAGAACAGGAGGUGUUCCAGCACAGAGCACAUGCGGGACGCUGGGUCGGUCAUAGCCAUCUAGGGCAUCGGGGCAAUGCAGACUCUGUGUGGGAUGACGAGGAAGAAGACAGGAACAGCUUACGAGGAUUGGUUCAUGACCUGAGAAUUAGGGUUUUCCCAGGAGAUAGAGAUGAACACCCCCACAAUGGUCGCCAGUACCAUCAGUAUGGACGCUACCGACAUCGCCACCUCCACCCUCCAAUCUUCCUCCGUGGUCCCCCACAUCCGCCUGUGCGUCGGCAGCUCUAUCCAGAUGCCCGAGUUCCUUCUCCACCUCAUCCCCGAGUUCCUUCUCCACCUCGUCCCCGAGUUCCUUCUCCACCUCGUCCCCGAGUUCCUUCUCCACCUCAUCCCCUAGUUCCUUCUCCACCUCGUCCCACACCACAGGUCUUCAGCUGCCCACAAUGCCGAAGGACUUUUCCAAAUCGCAGUUUUCGACCCAAUUUGCAGCUGGCCAACAUGGUCCAUAUAAUUCGCCAGAUUUGCCAUACUCCGUGA